CUUGCUCUGUGAUGCCACAACCCGGCCUGCGCAGCGCAGCGCAGCGCAGCGUGACUCACCCCCCUCAACCCGCCCGGCCGGCUCGCGCAGCCCAGGGGCGGCGGCAGGCACACGAGCAGGGCGGCUUCCGUUGUGCAACGCAGCGAGCGAGCGAGCGAGCGAGCAACAAGCGGGGGUGCGGAGCCAGAGACGCGCCUCCCGGAGCACACGGGACGGGGCGCAGGACCCGCCGCACGGGGCACCCCCCGCCCCGAGGCAGCAAGAGGUUGCCGGGGGGAAACGCACCCGCCCCCUUCCCCCAGCAGCUGUGUACCUGGGGAGAUCGGGCUGGAGAGGCGUCAGGACGCGCCCAUCCCCCCCCCCCCCCGCGCGCGCGCGCGCGCGCGUCAACUUCCGGCCGACCCUACCAUAAACAAGCCGCGCGGCCCCGGGCCGGCUCACCUGCGCGCCGUGCGUGGGUCCGACGCGCCAGACUCUGGCCCGUCACGCGGAGGACGAUGGCGCCGGGGGAGGCGGAGGAUUUCAAACCCGGCAGUUUUGUUUCCCCGGCUCUGAUUCGCUCGCCCGGCCGCCGCAGCGGGGCGGGCGCCUGCCCUUCCCCGCGGGGCACGCUGGGAACUGUGGUUCCCCUGGAGACCCUAGCGAGGUUCGCCGCGCGCUCGGAAAGACGACGAGUCCCCUGGUGCCCCGCGCGGGGGCUCGCUGUGCCGCGAGGCAUACCGGGAAUUGGAGUUCCACAAAAGAAGAACGCGGCCUUGCGGUGGGGGAGCCCUGCGCGUGGACUGUGGUUCCCAUCAUGCCUCGCGCACCGCCCGCCUCUCAAAGAGGUGCGGGGGGUCGGCGAGGUUGGGGGCCGAGCUGGAGGUCAGAGGCCCGGCAAGCUGGGGCACGCGAGCGCUGCCAGGUUCUGGACUGUAGCCCCUAGACUAGUGCAGAAUUCCCCCAGGAGUACACCUGUCACAGAAAUUGCUAUGCCUAAUACACUGACAAAGGCAAAAUCCAAAGGUUAUAGAAAGCAAGACCAUCUCAACUAAUGUUUUACGUGUGGCAAGCUCUAGUGAUCCCAGUAAAGACACCAGUGUCUGCAAAAGAAGACAGUCCAGUUCUGUGAAAUAUAUGGACUGGAGAUGCUGCAUGUUCAAGAAAUUCCCGCAAGAGAACUUUGUUUUCAAGAGAUCAUGUGAGAAGUUAAAACAAGUGGACCCUGAUCAGAGCCCAAGAGUGGCUUAAUGGCAUAGGAAAGAAAGGAGGUGGAAGUGUAGGCAUCACCAAGAUUCUCUCAGCACUCAGCAGAUCCGCCUUGUCUUACAACUGGAGAGCCCAUAUUGCAGCAGACACCAGAACCAUGUUUCAUGUUGGCUUGGAUAACCAACUUAUUCACAGUGAGUCAAGAAAGGCCAGGAAGCAAUGUGACAAUGAAGAGGGCAUGCCCUUUUACAAACCCUUCAAAGGUUCAAGGUUUUCUCUGGGAAGAUCUGGCUGCUGAAGCCAUACAAGACACAUUGUUGAAUGUAAAUAUCCUGGGAAAAGUGCAAUUGGACAAUUUUAUGGAGAAACAGCUUAUGACAUAUACUUGUGGUCAUCAGAAGCUGUACUGCUGCUACUCUGAUACCAACAGGUGGUGCUCUUUUCUUCCACAUAGAGAGAGCUCAUUAGUAGGCACUAGUUUCUAAACAGGCCCACUGACCAAAUUCAGUACUUCCUCUUCCAAAUACAAUGUUUUGGAAACAAGAGAACAAAGGUCUGUUGCCAUAGCUCACUUCAUUGCCACCAAUACCAGCAGACUGCAUGGAGGCAGUAUUCUGUGGCUGCACAGGGUGCAGAAGUCAGCAAUGCAGCUACAAAACAGCAUGACUUAUUUGUAUAGAAGCAUGCAAAUGUAGAGCACUGGCACGAAGUUGUGUCGAAGUACCUGUACCUUAGUGCUUAAGGACAGUAUUAUCAAAUAAAUAAUGUGUCACAGUAAGCGACCAAAUAAGAUAUUUUUAAUUCGAUCUGCCACUGUGUUCCAGGGUUUCAUGAAAUAAGCACAUGUUAAUGGUGUACUAACUUGUGUGCAUUAAAAUGUUAACUCAAUGUUUAGUUUUUAAAAUAAGUGAAAAUAUUUUCUUCACGGGUAUUUUCAGAUUGUGUUGUAUUUCUGAGAGAAAAUCAAUCAAUUUGUAUACUUUUAUUUCAAGUUGCUUAUGCUCAAGUUAUAAAAGCCAGCUAAACGUGCUCUUUCAUGGUUGUAUAUCAUAUUAAAAUAUUUCUAAUA